AUGUUGUCAAAGCGUUCCGAUGCGUUGAUAAGCGCUUUCGUUUUGACGCUCUAUUAUGUGGGCGUGGCCGAUGGGAACGCAUCAGAAUUUGUGACAAUGGGCGAUCUCCGCAGAAGUAGGCGUGGCCAGUCGCAUUCCUUGCGACCCGGUGGCAUGAUAAUGGAGGGCGUUGGAUUCCAGUACACCAUGCGCUUUCAGCCGGGCUUCCACCUCCACAAACUGGCCCAACAGGAAGGUGGUGAUGGCGGGGGCAUGGAUCCAAUGGGAGACGGUGGUAUGACGGAGGCACCAAUGCCCAUGCCAACUCCUGGAACACCACCCACUGAACCAGCUCCCACGGAGCCCGAGGAACCGGAGCCAACGAUACCCAUGCGUACCACAUCAGCACCCACAGAGGAACCCUCACCACCACCAGCCACGGAUCCGAUGAUGAUGAUGCCCACUCCGAGUGGCUCGCCGGGGAUGAUGCCCAGUCCUAGGCCAAGUGCAAAACCCUCGAUGAGGCCGCCAGUGCCCACGCCGCCACCCACCACGAACACCUCCAUCAUGCAGCCCCAACAGACGCUGAAGAACUUCCUCUUUGGCUCGCCCAUCGAGGCGAAUCUAAUCCUAAAGAAACCGAAUGCACCGCGACCGAAGGGCAAGGGCUUCCUCAGCCUGUUCGAGGUGAUCAAGUUCCCCAAUACGAGGUGCAGUGUGUCCAUGGGGGACAUCCGGAGCAUGGAGGGCGUCUGCUACCACGAGUUCGAGUGCAAGAGCCUCGGGGGGAUUCCCACCGAGAGUUGUGCCGAGGGCGUGGGUGUAUGUUGUGUGUUCGUCAAUGGAUGUGGCGAUGUCACCAGCCAGCAGAUCCUUUACUUCGAGAGCCCCAACUAUCCGAAUGCUGUAAGGGAAAUGAUGAUUUGUGUACUCAUAAUCAAUGUGAAGAAGGGAGUGCAGCAAAUGAGACUGGAUUUUCAGAUGUUCGAGCUAAGCCGUCCCACCAAUGGUGAUUGCCUAGAUGAUCAGUUUAUAGUGUCGGGGCACAAUACCAAUUUCCAGAUUCCCAUUUUGUGUGGCAUCAACACAGGACAGCAUAUUUAUAUCCACGUUGGCGAUUCCAACGAGAGCAAAGUAUAUCUUUCUGUGUUUAUGAAAGUCUCGGGAGGUGGACGUUCCUUCAAUAUCAAAGUCACUCAGCUGGAUGACGACUUAUCUCCCAAUAAUUGCCUGCAAUAUUUCACUGAAGCCGAGGGUAUCGUAAAAUCAUUCAAUUACGAUACAGAUGGUUCGAUUGUGGACAACCGAGAAGCUACAUAUUUUAACAACCUUAACUAUGCUAUAUGCCUAAACCGAUUAAAGAACGUUUGCAGUGUGGCCUAUAAUACCGAGCAAUUUGGAGGCGAUCAGCCAGACUUUCAAAUAGUCAACAAAGAUGAAGGCGAAAACGAUGUGAUCGCCGAUGGGCAGGCUGGAGCGGGGAUCUUCAACUGCCCAGAUGACUUUAUAGCCAUCAACUCGGUGCCGCUUUGCGGGGAGCGGUUCAAUGACGGACGGGACACCGAAGAUUUCACCAUGCACGCCACCGUGAGGGACACCGCCGCAGGUCCCAUCAUCCUACCCUUUCGCACCGACGCCGAAUAUGUGGGUCGCGGCUUUCGACUGCUCUACAAACAGGAACUGUGUGCCUGA